AUGGUGGUGGCCAUGAUGGUCGCCCUCAUCGUCUGCAUCUUCUCAACACCCUCGGCAGCCCAGGAGCCAAACUCUUCUGAUGAGCCAAAGCCAGACCUCAUCUGCCACACUUCCAACCCCGACGAGUGUUACCCGCGGAUAUUCCAACCCACAGACGAGUUUCAAAUCGUCCACGAGGACCAGGAACUGCCCGCGGGGCUGCACAUCCGCCUAAACAUCUGGACCGGCCAAAAAGAGGCCAAGGUCAACGUGCCCGGCGAGGCUGAUGCCUCCCUGGAAGGACUACCCGUUGGGCAAGACGUCGUCGAGGUCGACGCGGAGGCGCAGCCCGAGGCUCGUCCCGAAAUCCCCCCAGGCGCGCCGAAAUACGAGCCCUUUGGAAAGAUAAUGGAGCCGCCGAGCGGAUCCGCCGAAUUCGCAGAGGGACUGCGGGCGCUCAAGGCCGGAGUCGGCGAGGACGGCCGCGCGUUCGACGAUGCCCUCGAGGUGCUCGACGACCUGGCUCACGACAUAUACUACGGCGUGAAGAUUGCCGAGGACACGGAGGCGGUCGAGUCGCUGCUGUGCCUCAUGUCUGGCCAGAGCGCUCCGGCGACCGCCGACGGGGCCGUCCCUCGCGACCGGCAAGCCGCGCAAAUCUUGGCCAGUGCCGUGCAGCACAACCCGGUCGCUCUCAGGGCGCUCGUCGCCGCGUGGCCUCGACUACUCGCCGAAUCCAGGUGCCCCGGCACUGGUGAGCCUCUGCGCCUGAGCUUGUAUUCCAGCGUCGAGCCGUCGCGCAAUGGAGAGGGCGCGGGUGCCGAGCAGGCUGCUGCCCGGGUGCGGUCCAAGGUUUCUGCGAUCAAGGCGCUCCUUGGAGACGAUUUCGUUCGCACAAACUUCCUUCGAGGAGGCGGCAUGGCGUCACUGUUGAAGGUGCUUGUUCCCGAGGACGAAGCAUGGGCCGGCGCGCAACAAAGAGUCGGGCAGCUUGUGCUGGAUACCUUUUUCGACGAGGGCAUGGGCGCCGCUCCGGGCGACUGGCCCCGUCUGUCCAAGCUGACAGAUGAGCAGUGUCAGACGGAGGAGGAUGGGACGGCCGAGGGAUGCUGGGACUACCACGUGGCGAGGAUCAUGAAGUUGAGCAAGGCUGGUGAGGAGGACUGGAGCCGGCUGCUGCACGAACGAUUGGCGGCAGCGAGAAAAGAGCAAAGUAAUGGGAGGACGCAUGAGGAUCUGUGA